ACGCCGCGUGAGCGCCGGACGUCGACGCACGUGCUCUCUUCUGUGCCGAACCUGCUUACGUCUGACUGAGUGGUGCGGCUAGACUCGGGCUCACUCAAGCGCCCCGCGUGACUGGUCUCCUAACCUGAGCACCGACUGUGUCGGAGGCACGCCCCCCACGGGAGAUUUGACGGCACGACAACUUGUUGGCUUCCCCACUUCUGACUCUGGAGCACGUGUUCUCCGGAGGCAGAUUCGUUUGGUGUCGUAUUGACAGAAGGAAACUCACGGAGCUUCUGACACUGUCUCAUUCACUGUGCAUUGUUGCGAGUGUCUUCGGGGAAACGUUCUGACAGUUGACUACCAACGUUGGCAAACACGGAAACCGACCUUCCUCUCUUGCCGUAGACAAUUUUCCUACCGCGUUGUGUACGCGUAGUGCCGUUUUGCAACGCACGACCUACUUCUCGAGGCUUUAGCUUUCGUGAAGGGACGGACGCUUGGCUAACGCGCGACGAACAAGUUGGUUGAAAGUGCUGAGAGUGGCGCGGAAAGAAGUCGAAACCCACUAACUGGUCGCUUCGUUGGCCUGGUAAGUCGAACACCUCGCUCGGACGUAGAAACGAAAGGUGGUUCCAUAGCGGAAUCAAUGGAACAAUCCAUGGCUACUCCAUAAGGAAACCACGUGAACGAAGAGCCGCCCGUUCAAAAACACCUGAAACUGCUCCGUUUGUUCAAACACGCUCCUUACAGCUGAGAAAAAGCGAGGUGCGUUGAACGAGGGUGUUUAUCUAAGCCUGAUCAGGGUGUGGCAUAUUUCCUCUGAGGACAUUAAAGCCUCGGGAAGGACAGGUAGCUGAAUAUCGAGACCAAAGGGGUGCUUACAUGCUCUACCUUAUAAGCAAACUAUGUAGUCUGCACAUGAUCACUGAUCCUGUCUUCAGCUGCGUUCGGCAUCGGUGUAAGGCUAACAUUUAGCUCCCUGAUAUGGGCAAAGGACAAUUCUGACCCGUUAAGAAGUUUCGGCUUAUUUGGAUGUUUCUGUGUCUGUGUUCCUCACUAGAGCACAGGGCGAUCGAACACAGGAGAAACACUAAGACGACCCACUUGUCCACGACUGCGAACAUGGACUGAAUCAAGAAAGACUGCAACGCUACGCCGUUUUUGAAACACGUAUCAGCUUGCAGGAAACGUGACCUUCAAGUACGUUGACUCAGGUCAAUUUGGCGCAUUGCGAUGGUGACCAAGCGGCACGCCGACUCGCUCACAACCAAAAGCAUCAAGUGAAACAUUCCACUGAGUUCUACAGAGCUCAUACAGAUGAAACUGAGCGAACGCGAUGUCUGACAGCACGCGGAGAACGAUGACAGCCCAGCGGUGCCACGGGGCGUCGGCCCUCCGUCGCGGCCGGUGUGACGCUCCCCGGGAAAGUUGGCUUCUCGGCGCACUCUGGAUUGCAGCCGCUUCGCAUUUCGUCUACGGUGGUUCGUCAUCGGUGCACAGAAAACUCCCUAGCUUCGCCGAACCCAUUCCCAAUGUGACAGUGGCAGCAGGGCGAGAAGUGACCCUGACAUGCGUCGUGGACAACCUCGGAAGCUUCAAGGUGGCCUGGAUACACACUGACCGCCACAUGCUGAUCUCGAUGCACGACAACCUGAUCACGACAAAUCCGCGCUACAACAUCGCGCACAACGGCCACCGCACGUGGCAGCUGCACGUGCGUGACGUCGAGGAAGCGGACCACGGCGAGUACAUGUGCCAGAUCAACACCAACCCCAUGAAGAAGAUGAUGGGCUACCUGCACGUAGUCGUUCCUCCGAGGAUUGACGACGAGAACACAAGCUCCGACGCGGAGGUUCGGGAGAACAGCGACGUGUCCCUGCGGUGCCGAGCCACGGGCACGCCCGAACCGGUCAUCAAGUGGAGGAGGGAGGACGACGCACUCAUACUAAUCUCGGGAAAGAAAGGAGUGCCCAGCUAUCAAGGCGAGUACCUGAACAUGAGCAAAGUGACGCGGCUGCACAUGGGGCCGUACCUGUGCAUCGCCUUCAACGGCGUGCAGCCAUCCGUCAGCAAGCGCAUACUCCUCAAGGUUGACUUCGCGCCCAUGAUCUGGCAGCCCAACCAGAUGGUCGGCGCUGCGCUGGGCUCCGACGUGACCCUCGAGUGCAACCUGGAGACGCACCCUCGCGGCAUGACCUUCUGGGAGCGAGACGACGGCACCAUGCUUAUCUCGAACGCCAAGUACGACUCGCUGGUGGUCGAGACCGGACCCUACAGGCUCCUGCUGCGUCUCACCAUACGCGAUUUGAAGCCUGACGACUUCGGCACCUACAAGUGCGUCUCCAAGAAUCCGCUUGGCGAGACCGAGGCCAACAUCAAGCUCCAAGAAAUACCUCGGCCGACGUCUUCAACUGUCGCAUCCUCCAAGGAGUUUCAAGCCAAGAAACACUGGGAGACAACCUCGACGCAGCAAUCCAAUGGACCUCGGCAUCAUUUGGGAACUCACGCUUCCAACGCUCUGCUCAAAGAAGGGCGCAGAGGAGAGUAUUCUACUGAAGAAGAAGGCACUCAGGGUUACCCUCCUCCAAAUUUCAAUCAGGACUACGAGAGAUCCGCGGACAAGGACAGCGCGCGACCAUCCUCCGGUCACAACUCGGCCCCGAAAAGUCGCGCCACGUCUUCCGCCGUGGUCCUGGUCGCAGUUAGCGUCUUGCUGCUUCGCGCCUGCGGCGUCUGAUCACCGCUUCCAGCGACGACCGCCUGCAAUCGGGAACCACGCGUGUACUGCUUCCAGACGCCGCGCGCCGCCAACGUGAACAAAAGAAAACUGAAACAUGAAACGCGUCGCGAAGAAGAAUCGCUUUUCUGUUCACUCGUACCCGCCGUCAGCUUGGCUCGAGCUCAAAACGAGGGAGAGGAAAAAAAUUAAGAAAAUGACCUGAACUAUCACCGUGAAACGUGCGAACCCUUUGCGAAAGAACUGAUGGACGCUCAGUGCAUGUUGACAACGGUCCUUCGGUGCUCCUCACAUCUCAACAAGCGUCGUCGUGGGAGGAUUCUUCGGCCCGCCGAGUAGUGAAAAGUAACAGGUUCCUGCGCUAAACAAACCAAAGCAGAUGACGAAGACGACGACCACUACGGUCUCUGCUCGAGUAACCUGCUGGCACACCUGUGCCGCCUACACCCCAACUCCUCCCUCUCCUACUCCUUAAGUACUCCUUCUCACUCCCUGUUUCUGGAGAGGAAACAAAAAAUGUAAACGACGUGCCAAUUGAUGCCGACUCAAAGGAAAAGAACAAAGCAAGUUGUAACUGAAUUGUUUGAGAAAUGGCGAACGCUUUAGUAAAACGGUGUCGCAGUUUAGCAAGUUGCCGGAGUGUGCAAACUCGAGAGCUGCUGCUGUUGCUGCUUUAGUUUUGAGCGAGAGGACAAAAACGUCGAUGUCCACGAACUUAGAAAAUAAAAAUGUGAGGGCGAAACACAGAAUGACGGUAUUGGUGUCGCUCUGUAGAGAAACUGCCUAAAAUGGUGCGUCUAAGUUACAUGUGUUCAUCUACUUUCACAUUUUCAUAAUAUGACGACAUAAAUAAAAAAGUAGGGAGAUGAAGCAAAGCGACCCACUCUACUUUAUAUCGGAUGUUAGUAAUCUGAGCUUACAUUUAAUAUUUGCUCUUUUUAUCGAAGAUUAUCUCUAGUAGGCUACACAGUUGAACGAAACAAUUGGAGAUUGAAACAUUGUCGCUAUUACGUUGCGUUAAAGCGACGUUGAAGAUAAGAAAGCCGCAGGCUCGUACAGUAUGUGCUCCAAAUAUCUUAUCAGCAUCUCUUGUCUGCUGAUCUCCGAUUGCCAAAAUGCAUUACAUGCUGGUAAAGUUGAAUAGGCGUAGGACAUACGCUUUGUAGGCGUACGGGUAACUAUCUAUAUAGAGUGCAAACGUCGUACUGCAGCAGCUCUCGACUUUCGUGUGACCGUGUGUUUUUUCGAUGAAAGUGGGUAAGAAUGGGCUUCUUGCGCUAUCGAAGCACGCACAGUCUUUGUCAAAAGAUUAAAAGCCACUGUGUCCGUGGCCGGACUGCGCAUGCGCAGGUUCCUCGUGAAACUGUCAUUGUUCCAAAGAACCGGAGAGUAAAAGAGACGGUGUCUUUACCGAGCUUCGCAUCGCCAGGCUUGCCACAAAGAUCCGCGUCAGAUCUCAGUCUCAGAGAGGCUCCGGAACUUUUGACAAAGACUGUACCUCCUCAGAAGGCUGUGGCAGCAGCUUCGCUUUGACUGCUCUAAUGGGUUCGUGUUUUUUCUUUCUGUAUAGUUGCAUAGAAGCCACUCGAGUUGAAUGCACUAACUAUUUUGGUUACGACACAUCGUGCAAACAGUUUUCGUUGUGAUUCUAAGAAGGCGCGAUCUUCCGAGGUCCUCGCCUUCGAUGGUCUCAAUUUUAAACGGGACGCUACAACGCGGUGGUACUUAAAACGCACUAGUGAAGGGCCACGUAGCAUUUCUGUAGUACGGCAUGCGUACAAUACAUUUUAGCUUCAGCGAGCCGCCGCUUGUACAUGCAGCCAAAUUACGUCAUUGCAGGCAGCUGUAGACAUCUGCGUCGCGCGUUGCUGAUACCUUGUAUGGUGCAAUCCGCUUUCAAGCGUGGUCUCUAACAAUUGACUUAUCAGCGGGCUCUCUGAAGCUAAAUAGCAUUAACCCUGUAUACGACGCCGAAUUUGAGGCCAAUGCACUUGUAUUUUGUUGUAGACACAAUUUUUAUUCUUGUUGAAUGACAAAAGAUAACGCUUAUUAAUGGAACAGCUGCAGUUUAGUUUUCGUUCACUCACUGAGGCAUAGUUAUGUUACGUGCUUUUGUAUAUAUGUAUACAUUGAAGUUGAAUUCCCUCUGGCUAUCAAAGUUUUUUUUUUGCGACAAAACUUUCUCGUUUACUGUGACUUUGUCAACGUUGUCAUAAAAGAGUACACUUACAUUAAAUGCAUAGUGUUCUUGUUUUCACAUAAUGCCAUUUUUUUUGUUGUGCCGCUUUCUUUUCCUGCUCACUCGACUCACUGACAAGCGGUUUCUCUAUAUUUACUGCUUGGGUGACAAUAACGAGCUUUCGAAGAAAUAAAGUUGUACAGUACGUGGAACUCAACAA